CUCCCCCAUCACCGCCGCACCCACGCGCAGACCAAUUUGUUAGCCCAAUUAGACACCCAACCCCCCCGGCCCGCGGAAGCAUCAUUCAAUCAUUGUUUAUUAUGGGGAGCUGAAUCGGGGUUUAUAGAUACAUUUCUCCCUGGCUCGCAACGCGUUACGUUCGCUCGCCCACUCUGUGACCGCCAUCAAGUUGAACAUCCACGAUUGUUUUCUGUCUGUCUGGCUAACGGGGAUCAUUUUCACGAUUGGUUUUUGCACUCUCCCGAUAGCCCAGUCACUCAUCCAUCUCACUGUCUCUCACGGGGCUAUCUUUACUCUUUUUUUCUUCUUUAGACGUGACCGAUCACAUAGGAAAAGUAAAAAAAAAAUUCCCACAAUUUCCAUAAAUUCACUCACAAUCCCACUCGAUUAACUGUUUAGGAACUCGGCGACACACACAGCGUGAAUCUCACUCAACUAAAGCGACAACAUUUUUUAGACAUUCAGAGUUUAUCACUUCCAAACAGAGUUACUUUUUAAUCACCCUCGAACUCUCACAACCGUCUCACACGCUCAUUACAUGUCUUGACUCUGUGGCACACACACACACACACUCCAAUUAACUGACACACACUCACUUUCUCUGACACAUUCCUCACACUCUGUCAAUCUCGCUCACUCCACGACACACACCAUCCUUCCCAUCUGCUCUCAUCAUAACUCUGACCCUCUCCUCGCUCACACACUCCACCGCUCUGAACAUCGUCAUCAUCCCACGAACGUCAUGGCAAUCAAUCCGACGCGGCUGCGGAUCCGGCUGCCGGCGCUUGCGAUCUUCCUGCAGAUCUCCAUGAUCAUCCUCUUCGGGGUCUUCAUCCGCUACGACGAGAACGCCGAUCCCAUCCUCAGCAACGAGCACAACCUCACCGGAGAACGGACCAUCCAGAACGAGUUCUACUUCCGAUACCCAAGUUUCCAGGACGUGCACGUGAUGAUCUUCAUUGGCUUCGGCUUCCUCAUGACCUUCCUCAAGCGCUACGGCUUCAGCAGCGUGGGCUUAAACUUCAUGCUCGCCGCCUUCGGCAUCCAGUGGGCCACGCUCAUGCAGGGCUGGUUCGAGCACCUGGGUCCGGACGGCAAGAUCCGAGUCGGAGUCCUCAACAUGAUCAACGCGGACUUCUGCACGGCGUCCGUGCUGAUCGCGUUCGGGGCCGUGCUGGGUAAGACCACCCCGGUGCAGAUGCUCUUCAUGGCCAUCUUCCAAGUCACCCUUUUCGCCGUCAACGAGUUCAUCAUCCUGCACCCGCUCCACUGCAACGAUGCCGGCGGCUCGAUGACGAUCCACACGUUCGGCUGCUACUUCGGACUCGCCGUGUCGCGCGUGCUCUACCGCCCGGGACUCAAGGAUGGGCACCCCAAGAACGGCUCCGUCUACCACUCGGACCUCUUCGCGAUGAUCGGCACUCUCUACCUGUGGAUGUACUGGCCGAGCUUCAACUCGGCGAUCUCGGUGACGGGUGCCGACCAGCACCGCGCGGCCAUCAACACCUACUACGCACUGACGGCGUGCGUCCUGGCCACCGUGGCCAUGUCGAGCCUCCUGGACAAGCGCGGGCGGCUCGACAUGGUCCACAUCCAGAACGCGACGCUGGCGGGGGGAGUGGCGAUGGGCACGGCCGGGGAAAUGAUGAUCACGGCAUACGGAGCUCUAAUCGUGGGCUUCGUCACCGGCAUCGUCUCCACGUUGGGCUACAAGUAUCUCACUCCCUUCAUGGCCUCGAAGCUGAAGAUACAGGACACGUGCGGGAUCCACAACCUGCACGGCAUGCCGGGGAUCAUCGGGGGUAUCACCGGAGCCAUCACCGCCGCCACCGCGCCGACCAGCGGCACCUAUGGCGAGCGGCUCACGGAUACGUUUUCCGUCCUGACCAAUCAUCCCGAGAGGCUGUUGGGGGGCUUCCAAAUGGCCGGCACCCUCGUGGCCAUCGCGAUGGGGAUCGUGGGUGGAACAAUCGUGGGGUUCAUCCUGAAGCUGCCGAUCUGGGACUACCCAGAGGACGAGGAGUGCUAUGAGGACGAGCACUACUGGGAGGUGCCAGAGAGCGACGAGGAGUCGACGCCCGCGGUGUCGCCGCAGCCGCCACCCAAACACAACAACGAGCAGGACUUCAACAUGACCAUCGAGAACGCCAAGGCGGCCGCAUAGUGUGUGGUGGGAAGGGGGCGGGCGGGCGGGCGGCGGGGGUGGUGUAGACGCUGUUCAACAACCCCGGGGUGGCCCUCCACCGACACAGAUCGCCACCCACCACCUCCUCCUCCUCCACCACCACCGCGCACGUGCCGCACUGUCAUGGCGCAGUGCAUCACCCGCGAGCACGGCCUUGGCACGUGUCGCUCAACACUUCUCGGCUCCACGGUAAAGACUCGAGAAGGGUGGCACGUGAUCUGCUAAAACCGAGACUGGAGGUCUUCUUCUUCAUCAUCAUCACAAUUCUGGCGAAUCGCCCGAUGAAGUCGGCUGUCGGUGUUGUAAUCACGAGCGAAGCGUCACAGUUCUCGAAAUGUGAAUGUGGUGGGUUUACUCUGCCAACGCGCCGGUGUGCUGAACUAGUAACUCGUUGACCACGUUCUGUUUACGUGACAAACCUUACUAGUUGGCUGUGUCGGGUGGUGGCAGGUUUAACGACACAUUUAUAUUUCCUGAUGAUGCUAUUUGUAAUUAUUGGCGACACGUCGUACUCGAAUUGUAAAAUGCAGUGGGUUUACUCUCCAACACAACCGGUGUGCUGUACUAGUAACGAAUUGGCCACGUUCUGUUUACGUGACAAACCUUACUAGUUGGCUGUGCCGGGUGGUGGCGGGUUUAACGACGCAUCUAUAAUUACGAGAUAUAACCCCCAAAAAAUUACUUUAUUAUGGAUAAUAUUGGUCGCGAAAGCCUACGUAUAUAACUGACUGGUAGUAGUUGCAAUGGUAGUGACGGUGGUGGUGGAGGCUAUGCUGCUGCUUGCUGCGCGUGGCUGCCUGAGAUCCGGCUCUCUGAAGGCAGCAGCGAGGGGUCGGUGGGUCACCGCACACACCAAUGUUGUCAAACUCCCUUGCCGUGGGUGUCAAGGAGGAGCCUGCCUUACAGCGAAUUAAAUACUUCAACUGUGUGGGAUAGAGCGUUGUCCCCUCACAGGCGUGGGAUUUACUCCGGGGUGCUGCGGUUUCCUGCCACGUGUAAGGCCUCCAUUUUAAUUGACAAACACCUUAAUGUGUUUAGGAUCGCAGAGCUUUAUGGGAAAUUACACCUCACGCGCCUGUAGCUUGCUCGCAGUCACGUGCCAUCUAUAUGCUGCAGUCUUAAAAGACUAAAGUAAUUUUUAUGCUCCGUGGAAUAAUCGUGCGCGCUAUGAAUUGCAUUGUAAUUAUGAUUAUUAUUAUUUUUAACUAUCACGUGGCGAGUGGGUGAGAUGGGAGAGAGACGAUCAUUUUUUCCGGGUCCCAAGCCCAAGACGGACGCGGCUGAAAACGAAUUCCUUCGCGGAACCCAUUGCCAGUGGCAUCGCUUCUCUUCGUAAAGUCUGUGUAUCAUACAACAACAACAACAACCACAACAGCUCAAUCUCAACACGUUCCUCAAUAACACCGCAUGGCCUUAAAAGGGAACUAAAAUGUAUAAUGGGCGACGCUGAGGGCAGUGGUCCAUCACAAGGCAAUGCCGUAUCAGCGAAUAAUUUGUGUAAAAACACAAGGUCAGUUUUAGACUUCGUGUGAGUGAGUGAGUGGCAUUGACCACUUGCCCCAACAGUCUGUAACAGGCUAUACGAAGGCAUUUUGUCUUUGUGUGUAUGGAGGGGGGGGUGCCGUGGUUAGCGCGCUACGCAACGAACCCGGCGACACGAGUUCGAUUCCCGCUCAUGGUCUUGGGCCUCUGCUAGGUGAAGAUGAGAGGGGGAGAGGUAGGAGAGUGCGUGCAGGGGAGUAGAGUGAGAUGAGAGGGGAGUAGAGUGAGAUGGGACGGGGGAGAUAGGAGAGUUACUGGAAGAUCGUGAAGACGUUGAGAGUGAAAUUGAUGCAGGACCGGAUUGGGAGCCAGUGGAGGGACACCCCCCCCCCCGCCCCCUCCCCAGACAGAGAUCUCCAAACUCGACUUCAGAGCGCUUCGGGUCCCAAAGCCAUGAGCAGUCGUCGCGAGGUCGGAGCAUAAAUCUUCCUUCAGCAGGGAUCGAACCGGGAACUUCCCCGCUCGUGGUUACUGCCAGAAGCCCCAAGGGCGCGGCAGGUGACGACCUCGGGGCAGGAACAAAAUGUACUUUUUUUUUUGACGUCCGGAGUUGUUUUGAUGUGCCGAGAUGUAUUGCCUUGUUGAUGUUUUAUUUGGUUUGUCUUCGUUUCUCAACAUCCGCGGAACUAACAAGCCGCGAGACGACGCGACACGCGUCGCUCCGUGCACCACAAUAAACACAUUGUCCUGCGGAGGGAGCUGGUAGGAACGUUGGGUUGCUCGGUCAAUGGCCAGGGUCAACGGCGGCGUGGUGUAUUCCGUAAAUAUAGCCGACUGAGGGCGGGCACAAGCCGGCGUGAGUAGGUUAAACGUUGAGUUUUAUUAGGGCACCACGGGGUGACCAGCCCCUCCCCACCCAACUCCACCCCCCAACCCCUUCCCACCCUCCCCACCCAGCCCCUCCCUGCACGACGGACAGACACAAUAAUCCCCUGUGGGCUAGUGUAACCAGGAGGUUCCUACCAGUAUAAUAUUAAUAUAUAUAUUAUUAAUACUGUUAUACUUACUUUGCACUUCAUUAUAUUACUUAAUAUUAUUAAGUAUUAAAUUAUACUCAUAUAUUCCACGCAUACAAAAACAUUAUACUUAAUAUUAUUAUACCUACUAUAAUCACCCAGGAAUGUCCUUAACGCUCGUGACGUCACUACACAUUGACCAGCCCCCCUCAUUAAUAUUCAUGAGCAGGUGACGUCACUCCAGAUCGAACAGCUCCCUUCAUCUAUAUAAAAGGGAAAUUUGUGAUUGUGUGUGUCUGUUCAAAAUGUUUUAGCGUUAUUCCCGACAUGCAACAAACUUGAAAUUUGCCAUGUGGGUACUUUCCAGACUGUACACCAUGCAAUAAUUAUAAAAAUACACUUUUGUAUUUUUUGGGGGGGGGGGGGGAGGGGGGGGGCGCAAUAAUGCAUAUAUUUUGCACGGCAAGUGAGCUGUGACGUCACAUCUGUGAUGUCACCCGCAUGCGGAAGCGUAACGCAGUGUGCCUGCUGACGUCACGCACCCCCCCCCCCCCCACAAACCCUCCACGAGUAAAGUGUCAUACAAAUGUGUUGCAGGUCUAAGGCGUUCUUUGCGCAGCAUUCGUUUAUUAUUUGAGUCGUUUACUGCCGUACGCAACCUGAAAGUUGUAUGAGUCUGCUGCAAGCGCGUGUAUGUGUACCUAUGGAUGCGCGUGUGUAUGUGUGUGUGUGGGGAGCGGUGGUGUAGUGGUUAGCGCGCUGCGCUAAGAACCCGGCGACCCGAGUUCGAUUCCCCCUCACGGCCACCACCGGUGACGAUUAUUUUAAGCGCUCCGUGGGCCUCCCCUAGGUCGACUGGUUAAUAUAUAUUUUAAUACUUUGUGUAUACCACCAAGGUAAAUUUUAGACGUUGUCUUUUAUUAAGUAAUAUUAGUAUCAUAUUAAUAUAUUCAUUCUAAUAAAUAAUUAAGUAUAAUUAAUCGAUGCAUUGCACUUCAGUUGAGGGCAUUCCACGCACACGCUCCAGCAAAAACCAGCCGCAACAAACAUUUUCACUUUCAUCCACCCAUAUCGAUCGCUCCUCUGUGGACAGCAAGGCCGUAAUUAUAAUAUAUAUUGAGGGGGGGGGGGAACACAUCCCCCCUCAAUAUAUAUUCAAAUAUGCUCAAAAUGUCCCCUCCAAUAUAUUGAUAUAUGUAAAUAAAAGAAACGAUUUGCUAAACCUUGGUCACAAUAUCUGGACUUGUCUUCAUAUAAAUCAAUGCAUAUAUUUAUGUUAAUAUGAUUGUGGUUAUGGUUGUACUUUAUUAUGGUUGUACUUUAUUAAUCCCUAAUCUCUGCCAUUACAUACAAUGAAACAAGAAAUGGUAAAAAGUAAAAACAGAGCAAUAUAAUACAAUACACUAUUAGACAUUAUUGUAAAAAAUUUAAUAAAAAGUCCAUCCCAUGUGUUAGAAAAUGUUUCAAUAUUUUAGGCAGGAAAUUAGCUUUCAAAUUUAGAUAUUUUUUCUGGGUUGGGACCCCCAGACACCCUGGAAGAUUUGGUCCACCCCAAUGUUGACUCCAUGGCUACGGACUUAGUGCACGGUGGUUUUGUAAAUUCUGUAUUCGAGUGCGUGAACCUCUGGGGUGACUUCUCCCUCUUCGCUGGCCUCAUCGGAGGCGGCCAUCUCGCGUGACAAACCAGCGUUGCUUGUUUACCAGAUGUUGUUGGUGCGAGAUCGCCCCCCCCCUCCGCCUCAACUCCCCCUUCUCUCUCUCUGUCUUUCUGCUCUGAACGACCGAGUCCCUGUCGGACGCGAAGAAGCACCGGCGUUGAAUUA